CAGUGGGAGACAGCUCUCCUCUCUCCGGCGGAUGCCCACGGUAGAUGCCACGUGGUUCUGGGGCUGGACGCAGCGGCCCCCACCAGGACCCCAGGAUGCCGGGCAGCAGAGCAGCCCCGCAGGAGAGCAGGCUGGACACAAGCCUGGGGACCACCCGAGAAAACUUGGAAACCAGUUUCUUAAACAGACUGCCGCCAGGUGGGCCUGGGUGUGCUCGCAAACUUAGUUUGAACCUGCGGAACCAGCAAGGAACAAGGCGGAAUGUGAAAAGCAGCUUCCUGACUGACGGGCAGACACGCUCCAAAGAGCCCCUAAGCCGUGCUCUCAAGCUCUUGUCCCCAGAGAAGGUGAAGGAUCCCCAGCUGGAUUCUCCAGAGGAGAUACUAUGGACAACUCGGACCGAUGGGCGGGUCCGCCUGCGCAAAGACCCCAGCUGCUCACAGGUUCCCUACACUGUGCAUCAGAUGUUCUGCAAGACUCUGGACAAGUACGGGAACCUGAGCGCUAUGGUCUACAAGCGCCAGGGCAUGUGGGAGCGUAUCUCCUAUUUCCAGUACUACCUGCUGUCCCGCAAAGUCGCCAAGGGCUUCCUGAAGCUCGGACUGGAGCGGGCCCACAGCGUGGCCAUCCUCGGCUUCAACUCCCCGGAGUGGUUCUUCUCGGCAGUGGGCACAGUGUUCGCAGGUGGCAUCGUCACCGGCCUCUAUACCACCAGCUCCCCCAAGGCCUGCCAGUACAUCGCCUAUGACUCUCGAGCCAACAUCAUCGUGGUCGACACACAGAAGCAGCUGGAAAAGAUCCUCAAGAUCUGGAAAAACCUGCCACAUCUGAAGGCAGUAGUGACAUAUCGAGAACCUCCUUCCAAGAAGAUGCCCAAUGUGUACACGAUGGAGGAGGUCAUGGAACUGGGGAAUGAGGUGCCUGAGGAGGCCCUGGACAGCAUCAUCGAGGCCCAGGAGCCUAACCAGUGCUGCGUGCUGAUCUACACAUCGGGCACCACUGGGAACCCCAAGGGUGUGAUGCUGAGUCAAGACAAUAUCACGUGGACAGCACAUCACAGCAGCCAGGCUGGUGGCAUCAGACCCUCAGAGGUCCAGCAGGAAGUGGUGGUCAGCUACCUGGCCCUCAGCCACAUUGCCGCCCAGUUCUAUGACUUGUGGACGGGCCUCCAGUGGGGGGCCCAGAUCUGCUUUGCCGAGCCUGAUGCCCUGAAGGGGAGCCUGCUGGACACACUGCGGGAGGUGGAGCCCACGGCCCACUUCGGGGUGCCUCGGAUAUGGGAGAAGAUCAUGGAGCGUAUCCAGGAGGUGGUGGCACAGUCUGGCUUCAUCCGGCGCAAGAUGCUGCUGUGGGCCAUGUCGGUGACCUUGGAGCAGAACCUCACCUGCCCGAACAGCGAUCUGAAGCCCUUCACAACACGACUGGCGGAUUACCUGGUGCUUGCCAAGGUCCGCCAGGCCCUGGGCUUUGCCAAGUGUCAGAAGUACUUCUACGGAGGCGCGCCCAUGACCACAGAAUCACAGCACUUCUUCCUGGGCCUCAACAUCCGCCUGCUUCCAGCGUACGGCCUCAGCGAGACCUCAGGCCCCCACUUCAUAAGCAGCACCUACAACUACCAGCUCUACAGUGCCGGCAGGUUGGUGCCAGGCUGCCGGGUGAAGCUGGUGAAUGAGGACUCAGAGGGCAUCGGAGAGAUCUGCCUGUGGGGCCGCAACAUCUUCAUGGGCUACCUGAACAUGGAGGACAAGACGCGUGAGGCCGUUGACUCUGACGGCUGGCUGCACACGGGUGACAUGGGCCGCAUGGAUGCCAACGGCUUCCUCUACAUCACCGGGCGUCUCAAAGAACUGAUCAUCACGGCCGGUGGGGAGAACGUGCCCCCUGUGCCCAUUGAGGAUGCUGUGAAGAUGGAGCUGCCCAUCAUCAGCUUCGCCAUGCUGAUUGGGGACCAAAGGAAGUUCCUGUCCAUGCUGCUCACCUUGAAGUGCACUCUGGAUCCAGACACCUCUGACCCAACCGACAACCUGACGGAGCAAGCUGUGGAGUUCUGCCAGAGGGUGGGCAGCAGAGCUACCACAGUCUCUGAGAUCGUGGACAAGAAGGAUGAGGCCGUGUAUCAGGCCAUCGAAGAGGGGAUCCAGAGGGUCAACAUGAAGGCAGCAGCCCGACCCUACCACAUCCAGAAGUGGACCAUUCUCAAGAGGGACUUCUCCAUCUCCGGUGAAGAGUUGGGUCCCACAAUGAAGCUGAAACGGCACACAGUCCUGGAGAAGUACAAAGAUCUCAUCGAUUCCCUUUAUCAAGGGCAAAACAAGUAAUCAGGGGUUGUCCUUCCCCGGUUUCUCCUGAAGAUGGCAGGCUGAGUGCUUUCCUGACCUCCAGGUCCUCUUCAGUCUGGGUGCGCGGACUCCUGGCCAAGCCUGUUAGGUCUUGGGGUCAUGUGCGGUCCUGGCAUCUAUGUUUGCCAGGUUUUAUGCCAACAAUAGCUGAGAAGCUUCACGUGUGCAUAGUUUUAAAAGUACUCCUUUCUGUUCAGGUGACAAAUGAGAUCAGCUCUCCUUCCAGAACUAAAGGGCUGACAAGUUUUGGCUUCAGUUCCAGGUAGAUUUAACAGGCUGCUUGCUCACUUAACAGUCCAGCCAGCAGCAGGCUGAGCGCUGGGGGGAGGAAGGGGAAGGUGGCUCGUAGAACCAGCGCGUGCUGCCGGGCAGGCGCUCUGUUGUAACUCACCUAGCGGCCCGACUUGCUCAGGAAUUGUGCUGGACGUGGCCGACCGUCUCCUCCCAUCGCCAGGCGCUCCGCCGUGCACACACCAGCUGGCUUUGAUGCUUAAUAAACUGUGGCUGCCUUCCUGAUUGUA